CCAAACAUGGCGGCCUCCAUGGGAUUGAGGUCGAACUUCAUAAAAAUCAAGAAUAAUUUUUUACUGCAAAGGUCCUGUGUAUUGUGUCAUAAGUUAUACUCUACUGAAACAAGUCCAUCAGGUACAGAUGUCCGAAAGGGGAGACUUCAUAGAAUAAAGAAAGAGAUUCCUUACGAAGAACUGGGAGCUGUAAUUCAGGAGGAAGAAAGGGCCAAAAUUGUAGCUUAUUAUAGUCGUAAUGUGAGAGUUGAAAGAACUGAUGUAUCGGCUGCUGCUGGUAAAGAAGCGAUAGCCAAGAAUUCAACCAUUCUUGUCCAAGGGGAUGGGAAGACGCCUGUUUCAUUACCUAAGAAGAAGAAAAGAGAUUCCUUGUCUAUACUUAAAGCAUUGGCAUCAACUGUUAAAGUAGAUCCCUCUGCACCUCAUUAUUCCUUCAUCGAUGAUCCUGGCUUGAUACCUAAUAGAAACAAUCAGGAGGCCUGCUUGUUGGCAAAAGCGUCCGGAAAAAGGGCAGCAAGGUAUUUUGUGAAUAAGCAUGUCAAGCUGUUUGGAAAUGACGAUGCUGUUCCCCAUAUCCAGGCCUUCCAGCCAGAGAAGCUUGACUAUGUGCAUACUGAUGUGGGUGAGGCCUCUCUACUGGAGAGAGUCGAUCGUCGAGAGGUCGCAGACUCUGUCGAGGUGUAUGACCGUAUGGAUGAACAAGGCAUGACAGUAUCCGAAGAAGCCCUCACAAGACUUCUGGAAUUAUUGUGUGCCUACCAGUGUCGGGAUGCAGAGAACUUAUACCCCGAAGAGAGGCUGGCCUUGGCCAAUGAAGAUACAGGCAAAAGGUCACUGGACAAGGCUGUGGAAGUAUUUGAAAAGCUAGAAACACGGACAGCGGAUACCUACAACUGGAUAAUUAGGGCUCUUGCUGAGUUUGACAACACAAGGUGCUGGACGUUGUGGGAAGAAAUGAAAAUAGAGGAAUUCCCUGCUGAGCUGGCCACAUACAAUGCCCUCAUUGGUAGUAUGAGGAGGGACUUUCAGCUGAUGAAGAACAGAAAGUUUGAAAAAAUACAGGACAUGCUGACUGAGAUGAAUGGUGCAGGAUUGUGCCCGAACCUGGACACUUUCCACUCAGUGUUCAGAGUUAUGAAGACAGUGCUGGUAAAACGUGGAGAGACAGAUCCCCUCAUGAAUCACUUGCCUGGCGUGAUCGCUGAGAUGAAGAAACUGGAAAUACGGCCAACACUUGAGACAUGGUCGUUGAUAUUUGACACACUCACCAUAAAGGAUCCAGAGACAGAUAAAUGGCAGAAUCCUACGCUAGGAGGGAAAAAAGUCGACCUUGUGACAGACAUCAGUGAGAUCGUUGACCAACUAAGUGAACAACGUAAAGAGGAUCGGGUGUUGAAUCACUUUGGAGAAAACUUCUUCACAAAAGCCAUGUCAUUUUUGCACCGGUUCAAUGAAGUUACCGUGGCCAUUAAGGUCUUCGACCUGAAGGAGAGUAUGGGAGCUCGUUACGUGAUAACUGACCUGCAAAUGGAAAAUGCCUUCUAUGAACAAUUCAUGUUCCUUCUGCUAAAGAACAAACCACUAGAUGUUGUAAUGGAAUAUUACACGAAAUGUAUAAGACAUGGGAAAUUGAGUUCUCCGAGUAAUAGUUUACGAUAUACUCUGUAUGAUGCUAUAUACCAAUACGAUGCUUACCAGUGGAUUCCCAUCAUCUACUCCGAUAUGUCAUCGAUUGGCUUUAGAAUGACCUUCGUUCGUUGGCAGUUGCUGGAGAUGAUGGCACAGGAAGGUUUAGAACAAAAGUUCAAACAGGAGUUUGAAAAGAUAGCAGACGAACUCCAUCAAGUGAGGAAGAUGAGGGAACCAAUGAUGACUGAGAGAAUGGACGAUGACAUCAAAACAAGCCAUAUAAUCAAGAUUUUCCUCAACAAUAAAAAUCUACAGAAAGCAUGGGACGUAGUACAGUGGUACACUGCUCAACGGGCCUUCUGGGGAUAUGACUUGAAGGAGGCUGUUAUCAUGGAACUACUGGACAAGACUAUCCAAUAUCAGGACAAUGAGAACCUCAUGUGUCUCUGUGAGAUGGAGCCCAACUGUCGAGCCAUGUUUAAGAAACAUAUGAACACGCUACUCACAGACAGGGAGCAUGAACUCUCCGCCUUCCUCUCAAAACAGAGAAUGGAUGCCCUCAGAGACAUCUUUUUGCGAGAUUAACUGUGAUCAUCGUAUGGACUUUAACCACUUCCAGGAGUCAUUCUCCAAAGAGUGGAGAACUUCUGAAUGUGUUUAAAAAGUGAUUUAGAUAUUAAAAUAAAUAUAAUUAAUAAA